CAACAGUUUAAAAGCAACAGUAAUGCAAAACAGACAACCAGAAAUUCGUUAUACUAGCUUGUGUUUUAGGCGCUAGCCAAUAAAUGCAAAUCAGCAAAAAUAUUACGUAUAAGACCCUUCAGACAGACGGAAAGAAGAAAAGAAGGCCUGAUAAGCCGAGUAUGUGUGUGUGUGUGCCUGUGAAUCUGUAACUGUGUUCGUUUGUUUGUUUGCUUGCUUGUUUGUGUACACAUGCCCAAGCCAGCAGCAUAAAUGCAGUACAAAAUCGGUGCAAAAUAAUAACUAAACGCAGCUCGCGAUACGAAAGUAACAUCGCCUUUGCUCGAAGCCAAAAAGUGAAACGACCGGCAACGACAGCAGCAGCAGUAGAAGUAACAUCAGCAGCAGCAGCAGUAACAGUAACAGCAGCGAAAGCAGCGUGAAAGCAAACGAAGCAAUAAAACAAACGGCAAUCAGCACACAAUAAACAAUUGAAAAGGCAAACUGAAAAAUCUAUCUAUAAACAUUGAAAAGAAUUUUAUGUCACUGUGACUCCCGUAGGCGACUGCAUUGCCAUUGUUUUCAUUUCGUCUUUGUCCCCAACUGCAUUCCCAUUUCCAAUCGCAUUCUCUCUCGCCGAUUCUCGCUGGCGCUCAGCAUUGCCCCUUUGUGUCAAUUUCACGGCGUUGUGCACAGUUUCAAGCUGCCGUUUAAAGCGCGCAAAAUUGGAUUAUGGUUAGGCACAAACAAAACAGAUCCAAAGUUAUCGCGCGCGCCGGUCAUGUGAAAAAACAGUCCGCCCGCCCUCCGCCCCCAUCAUUGUCACCACCGUUGACACAGUCGCCACCGUCGCCACAAUCACCCACGUUUCACGCUGACCUAGCGCUUCGGCAGCGUCUUCAGUUCAAUCAGCGCAUCAAUCAGCGCGUCACACUCUGCCUGGAGCUCUAUCACAAGAACAUCAUCAAGAAAAUCAGCCGUUCGCUCUGCGAGCUCAAUAAAAUCGACGUUUACAAGUUGACGAAAAACAUUUGCAUGACAUGUAUCACAUAAGUCAUCUUAAGUGAAAAAAAAAAUCA